CAACCAGAGACAACCACUUGUUACUUAUUGCUCUCUGCUUUCUGCUCUGUGCUUUCCGCUGCUAGGCUACAAUUGGCAUGGUGUCAGAGGAACUACUAGAUGGCAGUCAAGCGGCAGCUGAGACGCGCUCUUUGUUGCGCACUUUGACCGCUUAUGCUCUGUACAGAUCAUCCAUGCAAGCCAUCAUGCAACAAAAGCGCCAAGACUACAUUGCUCUACCUGACAAGCACAAGCAGCUUCUCCCAGAUCACCUGGACAAGAUUCAAGUUGCAAGUGAUGCCAUCAGUGACAAUGCUGAUGUAGCCGAAGCUAUCCUGGCACAUGCAUCCGUCACGAUGCUUGGCGCUGCUUGGAGUUCCAAGUACAAAGUAGACGAUGUGACAGACGCUGAUAUCGACAAAGUCCGUCAAACACUGAAGCAGCUUUGGCGUGAUUGGUCAAAGGAAGGUCAGGUCGAGCGUGAUGCAUGCUAUGGUCCAAUCUAUUGUGGAUUACAAAAGUACUUGCCCAGGCAAGAGAAUUACAACAGUCUUCGUGUUUUGACUCCUGGAUGUGGCUUGGGCCGUCUGACUGUUGAAAUUGCCAAUAUGGGUUUCGACUCAGUUGGUAAUGACUUCUCCUACCCAAUGCUGGCGUGUAGCAACUUCAUCCUCAAUAAAGUCAUGAAGCGGAGUGCAUUCACGCUGCAUAUGGAUCCACAAGUGUUUUCAAAUCGCAAGGGAAGCGCUCAUGUCACAUACUGUGUACCAGAUGAAGUGCCCACUUCAGGCUAUGCUGCUGGCGGCAAGCUCAGCAUGGCCAUGGGCGACUUUAUCGAGUCCUUUUCGAGCGAUGAUCACAGGGGUACAUUUGACGCUGUGGCAACCUGCUUCUUCCUGGACACUGCACACAAUAUCCUGGAGUUUCUGGAUGUCAUCAAGCGGAUACUGAAGCCAGGCGGACUUCUCAUCAACCAUGGACCCUUUCUGUAUCAUCAUGAGAAUGCAAAGCACCGAACAAAGCAUGGUCAAGAUAGCAGAGCGUCUCAUGAUGAACAAGGACGGUACAUUGGUAGUAUCGAGCUGACUGCAUCGGAGCUGCAGAGCGUGAUGGAACAGAUGGGCUUUGUCUUCAAGGAAAGUUCCUGGAAUGAUGUGCAGUAUUUGGGCGAUCGGGAGUCGAACUUGAUGCACUACUACCGAACAUGGUACUUUGUGUCUGAACUGGAGUAUAUAGACUCGAGUACCUGAUGAGAUAUAUGAUUAACGAGCAGCAUCGCAGCUGCCUGGGUUGACCAGUCAUUGAAGUAGAUGGUGAAGAUGACCUCGCAG